AUGGUGCCCCCUGCUCAGGUGAUGGAGCUUCGGGACGCCAUCAGAGAAGAGAGGGCCUGCCAGAUAUGUCUCCUAAACUACAAGAAGAGUGGCCAGAAGUUUUGGGACCAGUUGUACGUGAACCCUGUACAUGAUGAUGAGGGUGUGGUUACGCACUACAUCGAGGUGCAUACAGAUGUAACGGAUGUGCUGGCCAAGGCCACCGAUGGGCUGCCUGUGGAUGAUGUUGAUGCCAUCGAAGGUGUCCAGGCUGUGGGAAUGGAGGAGAAGAAGCGAUCAAUGGAGAUCUGCUCCUGCUUGGCAGAUGAGAUGGGCAAGGUGUCGCUUUCUGCUCAUGGUGCCUGCAGCGUGCUUCCCACUUCCCUUCUGCAGUCGUUGACCAGAAUCCAGCAGUCGCUGGUGCUUGUGGACCCCAAUCAGCCUGACAUGCCCAUUGUGCAUGCCGGCCAGGGCUUCCUGCAGCUCACAGGGUAUCCAAGGGAAAUGGUCAUCGGCCACAACUGCCGGUUCCUCCAGGGCACUGACACCGAUGUCAAGGAGGUGGCCAAGGUUCGUACAGCAAUCACUGCCAAGCCACCACAACCUGUCACGGCAACCCUCCUCAACUACCGAUAUGAUGGUACACCGUUUUGGAACUAUCUGCACAUCACCCCAAUUCGCGGGGCCGAUGGUGGCAUCGCAUAUCUCGCUGGCGUUCAGGUGGAUGUCACUGAAAAGGGAGUGGAAGGAGAGCCGGGAAAAGUGUCUAUGAAGCAUAAGCUGCUGCACUCUGGGACAGUGGGAAAGGUGAAAGUGGCGGUGAGGUCAUUGGCGGGUGGCGACCGAGGCCUGAGGAGAGAGCAAGGCAGCUGUGAGCUUCCAAGGCGGGGCUCCGUGGACUACAGCUAA